AAAAGCCAUCAACAGCUGUCCUGGGUUCUUGAUGACAAAGUGAGCAAAGGCUCAAGUGUUCUUGAUUUACCCUCUAGCUUGGAGAGAGUGGCUCUGCUCUACUUGACAGGGAGAAACUGCAGCUCUGGGGGGGAUGGAAACGCUGGUGAGAGCAGCUGUGGUUUUGAGUCCUUUUCUCUUCUGCAAUGCUUUUCUGAACCUGACUGGCCAACCUGAGAUUGAGGGCGUAUGGAAGGACUCUACCACCUUGCCAUGUGUCUAUGUGCCUGUGAAGGACUUGGUACAGGAAAUACUCAAGUGGAUGGUGGUCCGUGACCAGAAUUCUGUCACCAUCUUCCGGAGGGAUGACUCUGGCGACCAUGUUCUGCUGUCUGACUACAGGGGCAGGGUCAGUGUCCUGAACGAUGCACCAGGGAACGUGUCUCUCCACAUCCUGAACCUGGAGGUCUCUGACAAGGGAACCUACAUUUGCCAGGUCACCUGGAGGGACAGCAGUGACAGCCUAAUAGUAAGAGAGAUCACCACUGAACUGGAGAUUGUUAAAGUGGCAGCAACCAAGCCCAUCAUCAGGGCCGGCGAACUGGGGCUCACAGUACCCGCAGGAGCCAGGACCAGCCUGACCUGUGUGGCCAGCGGGUCCCCCCCCAUCAGCUACCGCUGGUUCAGGGGCACCCCGGGAAGGAAAGCCCUGUUGCUGAGCAGGCAGGCUGAGCUGGUGUGGGACAGCCUGCAGCCCUCCGACACUGGGAAGUACUACUGUGAGGUGGAAAACAGGGCUGGGGCUGGGGCUGUGCAGCAGAGCGAUGCUGUUGAGCUCACAGUGACAGAACCUCCCGUGACAGUAGUGACUUCUGAGAAUGGUGUGGGAUAUCCAGAAAAGAAUUAUACAACUCAGAAUGUCCAAGGGACUCACCUGUCCCUGUUCCUCGUCAUUCUGAUUGUGGUGGUGUGUGCUGCUGCGGUUUUGCUUGUCAUCUUUCUUAUCAUUCGCAUGAGGAAGCCCAAAAGUGCUCAGACCUAUGAAGUAAAAUUCCAUAACUCAAGGGCAGCAGCUGCUUCAAGGUGUGAAAGUGCAGGCUACUAUGAGGAGCCCAUCUCCACUGAAAACAAGUAUGCGAUGGAGCCUGUGAAAGACAAAAGAUCUGAAGAAAUAAAUAUGAAAAAGAAUGAACAUGGCUGUGUUGGAAACGCCAUGGAAUCUGAAUAUGAAGUAGGGGACACUGCAUGAGAACCAACUUAUUGCUACAUGUAGCAGUCCUGAAGAGCACUUUUCAUUCAGGCAAAAUAUCUCUUCCUAUUCACCUUAGCCUCUCUAAAAUAAGUUGGACAAGCAGUUUUUGCUCCUUCAUGACUUGUGGAGCCUUAACAAUCUCUUCAAUGAAAAUGCAAAGCUCUUUGAGAACUUUUGUUGCAAACUGCUGUACAGAUCUCCUGACUUUGCCAUUUUUGGCUUCCUUCCACCCCCUCCGUAGAAGAAAGCCCUUUGAAAGCCAGGGUAUGCAGAUCCCAGGCCAAGAGCACUGUACUAAACUCAGCGCUUUGCAAUACCAAAAGGAUCUGCAUUCACAGCCUUCGUGUGGUAGGAGUAGAACCAGCAGCAAGAGGGGCUCAACAUCCUCAUCAUCUGUCAGUAAGAAGUGCAGAACAAGGCUGGCCUGGGAACUGGCAUUUCUCCUCCCACACGCCUGAGUGUUGCAUGGGAGGUAGAAUGUCUUAAAUGUGAGACAGCCCUUAAAGAAACACUGAAAGACAGAUUAAGGACAGGAUAAAACCAAGAACUCUACCACCCUAGGAGUUAAAAAAAAACACCAAACCUGUUCUGUGCUCAAUUCACCUUUCUGCAUCAUCUGCAGUAAGGUGCAGGCACGCUUUCUAUAGUUUUGGCGCUGGACAGCUUGGGUGGCUCUGAAACUGCAGAAGGUACAUUCUUCCUGAGUCCGCUUUCUCUGUUCCCUCUUUAAAUGCAUGUGUAAUAUUUAAAAGGAAAUAGAUGCUUUUCCUAAGUUUGUGGGUAAAACUGUUUACACACUCCUAAACUAUUUUGAUAUGAAUAUCCUUGUGUGACCAGCUCAUCUUUAAAAUGCCAGCAAGCACUCCUCAAAAGAUGCUCAUGAAAUACUUUCCUCCUGGCUUAGGAAGGAAAGGGCAAGUAGGGAGCUGAAAAGCUUUGUUGUUCAUAAUUUCUACUAUCCUAAGUAAAUCUAUAACAUGGAUACA